UUUUCUUUCAAACAAUUCUCCAUUCCAUCUGGUUCUUCCAUUUUUUUUCUUUGGUGGAGAUGUCGUCUGGCGGAGACAGCUCUGGCGGUGCCAAUGCUGGUCUUUCGCAAGCCAUGGGGACGGGGACGAGAAGGCGCGUGACGGAAUUUGCAGAUGAAAGCGGCCAUGUGAAUGACGUCAACGAUAGCUCUGCAAUACGCAAUGCCGCUGUUUAUCGGAGGAGGAUGCGUUUUUGGGAGUUUAAGGCGGAGAGGCGCAAAAUCUUUUGGAUUUGUUGGGGCCUGAUAAUGGUUUCGUCGUUCUCCUUGGUGGCCAGGGUGUCGUUCAUCACGAGUUUUCGUGGGGUGGUAGAGAAUGAUUUUCUUAUUCCUCAGAAGCCUGUGUAUGAAUCUUCAGUGGUUCAUAAUAUCAUAAUCCGAGACAAUGUUGGAGAUGGCGAUCCUACUUUUCAUUCUGUUCCUGCUACUGAUCAUGAUCAGAAUCCAGAUGUUUGGACUAAGCCCAACAGUGGGGACUACUAUAAAUGUAUUAAUCGUCCAUUUAAUGAAAAUAGAAGUGAUGCUGUCAUGAAUGGCUAUAUUCUAAUUCAUGCUAAUGGUGGGUUGAAUCAAAUGAGAACUGGGAUAAGUGACAUGGUAGCCAUAGCAAAAAUCAUGAAUGCAACCCUGGUUUAUCCUUCUCUUGAUCACAAUUCCUUCUGGACAGAUUCAAGUGAUUUUAAAGAUAUCUUCAACUGGAACCACUUUCAAGAGGUUCUAAAAGAUGAUAUUGAAAUAGUGGAGUCUCUCCCACCAGAGUAUGCAGCAGUGAAGCCCCUCCAGAAGCCCCCAGUUUCCUGGUCCAAGGCUGGUUAUUACAAAGAGACAAUAGUUUCAUUACUGAAGAAGCACAAGGUGAUUCAGUUUACACACUCCGAUUCCCGCCUUGCAAACAAUUACCUUUCCAAGUCAAUCCAAAGGCUCCGAUGCCGGGCAAUGUAUGAUGCACUCCGUUUCACUGACACAAUCGAAAAUAUUGCAAUGAAGUUAGUAGACAGGCUUAGAACCGAUAACAAGCCAUAUAUAGCUCUCCAUUUAAGAUAUGAAAAGGACAUGCUUGCUUUCACCGGUUGCACUCACAAUCUGACUGCAGAAGAUGCUGAGGAGCUCAAGGUUAUGAGGCAUAAUGUCAAGCAUUGGAAGGAGAAAGAUAUCGACGGCGAGGCUAGGCGACUCCAAGGGGGCUGCCCCAUAACCCCAAGAGAGGCUGCUGUCUUUCUUGAGGCAAUGGGGUUCCCAUCCGAUACACAAAUAUACAUAGUUGCAGGAAAGAUUUAUGGUAAAAAUGGGAUUUCCGCAAUCCAGUCCAAGUACCCAAAUGUACUCUCACAUUCCAACUUAGCCACAGAGGAGGAGUUGGCGCUUCUUAAGAACCGCCAGAAUCAGCUUGCUGCCUUGGACUAUCUUGUAGCAGUUGAGAGCGAUGUCUUUGUGUAUACCUAUGAUGGGAAUAUGGCUAAGGCAGUGCAGGGCCAUAGGCGGUUUGAAGGGUUUCGGAAGACGAUCAACCCUGACACUCGGAAUUUUGUGAGACUGAUUGAUAAAUUGGACAACGGUACGCUGUCUUGGGAGAAGUUUUCGUCCAAAGUGAGGUCCUUACAUGCAAACAGGACUGGAGCACCAUACCAUAGGAUGCCUGGAGAAUCACCAAAACAAGAGGAGAAUUUUUACGCAAAUCCUUUACCUGGGUGCAUAUGUAACAAGCAAGAAGGCUUAUUAUAGAGCAGGUUUGAGCAGAUAGGAAAUGGACCUGCGUGUUGAAUCUGCUGCAAAUUAAACUACGUACACCACAUCCAUGGCUUCUGUUGCAGGUGAACGGAGGUGGGUGGACAAUUUUCGCUUCUCUCGUUCAGCAGCAGCUGGGUUUUGCUUAGAGAGUAAAAUCACUGAGUGGUUAUAGCUCCUUCAUUCUUUUUGUUUUUUUAAAGUAUACUAAGGAGCAGAACUUGGGAGGGAGAUGGACCUAAAUUAGAUUAGUUCAAGAGGUACAUAGUAGUUGGGUUUUUGUUCAAUAGUUUUUUUUUUUUUCACUCUUCAUGAAUUUUGUUGAGAAAGUUUUUAUAUUUUUUAUAAUCAUGGUUGCCCAACGUAAUUUGUGGGUCAAUUGAUAAAGACAUUAUGUAAGAGUAAUCACCCUAGCAAGAAGUCUAAGAGAGAUUGA